AUGAGAGUACAAAGUACAGAUUAUAGGGUUCCUUAUUAUCAAGUUUAUCAUGGGAAGUCAAAACAUUGUUUAAAAGGAAGAUUAGUGAUGGGUUAUUCUAGACUGAUGUUUAUGGCAUCUUUUGUAUAUUUGAAUGCUCUUUCUUUAAUUCAACUAUUCAGAAUCUCACCAAAAUUGGAUGUAUUUUUUGCAGAAAUACUAUUAAUCGUUCUAACAGAUAUAUUCAUGAUAUUAACUGUUUUCAGUGACCCAGGUAUAAUACCAAGACUCGAUUCUUAAUUUUAAAAAGUAAAAUAUUAUAUGAAUAAGAAAUAAAAAUUUACAAAUGAACUAAUAUCAGUGAUUUAGACAAAAGUAAGUGAAUUAAAGUUUUGUGAUUCAUGUAAAAUUUAUAAAACUAGCUCCACUGCACACUGCAGAAGAUGUGAUAAUUGUGUUUAAGGAUUUGAUCAUCAUUGUCUAUGGUUAGGGUAAUGCAUAGGAUAAAGAAAUUAUCGAUACUUUUACUUAUUUUUAUUUUUCUUAACCAUUAUGCUUACUUGGUUCUUGACUGUACAAAUCCAACAUCUGAGUCAUUUGAAUGACUAUUUAUUAAUAGAGUUUAUAAUUUAUGCUCUAAAAACUUUUGGCUUUUUAGUGUUCUCAGCAUAUUUAUUAGUUUUGCAUACUUAUUUUAUUUUUGCCAACAAAACCACAUAUGAAUAUUUGACAAUCAAUAGUUGCUAUUCUAUCAUGGAUAAGGGCGUCUAUUAUAGAGGAAGUUAGCUCGAUUAUAUUAAACCCAUAAGAUCUAAAUUUAUAUCAUUCAGUUCGAAUGUGUAUUAUGAAGUACCUUCUUAUGUAGAAUAGUAAAGAAUUCAACAAAAGAUGUAAUAUAUGUUUAAUGAUACAAUUGAUAAAAUGUAAUUAGAGGAGAAGACGAAAACAUAUUAAAGUGAGUUAUGUAGUGUUAAAUAGAAUAGAUAGAUGUAAACUUAAAGAGAAAACGAGAUUACAUUACCGUAAUAGGAAUUUGAUUUCAGGUUUUUAAAAGUGGAAUCAGAAAGUAAUGGGGAGUAGAUAAAUUAAUUAUCCCAUAAUUCUUCAUAGAGAGAAGAGAAAAAGGACUUAAAAAUCUAUGGAUUAUCUAAAUCAUAACAUAUUGAAUACAACAAGUUGAAAGAUGUAUAAAAGGAGGUUUCAACAGCUAAAAAUAAAUAAAGUAUUAGAUUGAAUAAAGAGCUUAAUGAAAUUUAAAUUAUUUAAAUUGAUAAAUUAGGAUGA